AUGUUCAACCACCAGCACACAAUUUUUUUCACAAGCACAAGUUUGCUAAUCUGUUCAAUAUCGAAUUUCACUUUAAUCUACAUCAGUUUAUUCCAUAGCAAACAGAUCCAAGGAGCCUAUAGAAGAAUGGUCGUGAUGUUUUCAGCACUGGGAUUUUUAUUCUCACUUUCAGAAUUUAUCGCAAGACCCUUUGCUCACAAUUACAACAGAGCAUUAAUUUUGUUUAGUAUUAAUGAUUGGAUUUCUUCGAAGAGCUUUCUAGAGAUUGCUAUUUCGGUUUGGAUGACUUUUUAUCUCCUGAUAAUCUCAUUCAUAGGAAUUCAAUUUUUAUAUCGCUACAUAUGUCUCUUUCAUUCCGCAAAAGUCAGAUAUUUCGACGGUUUUGGGACAGUACUCUGGAUUUCUUAUUUAUUGAUACCAGCUGCAGGGUUUAAUAUUGCAUUUUAUCAGCUGCUAAAACCAACUGAUACUUCUGAUGAUUAUUUGAGAAAAGUUAUACGAGAAAACUAUGAUCUUGAAAUUUCGGCAAUUGCUCGAUAUACCUUGGCUCUUUAUAGUGAAAGCAAUGUUAUACAAUGGGAGAUUCUUUCCCUUAUUAUAGCAGCAGGAAUUGUUCUUUGUUUUCAAUAUUUCAUUGUCAUAUUUUUCGGUGUCAAAUUGCACUUCAAAAUCAAAGAAAAACUGGGAACUUUCUCGCCGUGUCAGGUGAAAAUUCAAUCCCAAAUAUUUCGAGCACUUGUUGCUCAAACCGUUGGUCCGACAUUAUUUUUGGUUUUGCCAUCUGCUCCUUUCUUUCUGACAACUCUAUUGUCACCUUAUAUUGAUAUGGAGAUCAACUGGAAAACUGGAUGGCUGUAUACUUUAAUCGGAAUUUAUCCAAUUUUUGAUAGCAUCGCAUUUAUAUUGAUAGUUUCCGAAUACCGAAAUUAUGUCAGAAGUAAAUUAUUCUGCAAGACCAACAAGAGUCCUCGAGAAUUUGGCAACAAGAUUUCAAUUCAUCCAAUUCGAUGCAUAAAUACUGAAAUUGUUUCAGACACGUAA